AUGGCAAUAGCAUCAGCAAGAUAUAGAUUUUUGCUUGUUGAUAUAGGCGCAGAAGGUCGCCAUAGUGAUAGUGGAGUUUUCACGAACUCGGUAAUGGGUCGUCGAUUUCGAAAUAACGAGAUGAAUGUACCAUCUCCAUCACCAAUUGUUAUAGAUGGAGAGCCAAUGCCGUAUGUCAUAGUAGCAGAUGAGGCAUUCCAAUUGAGCAACUUCAUUAUUAGACCUUAUCCUGGACGAGCAAUUUCAGAUGAGCAAAAGAUUUUUAAUUACCGCUUAAGUCGAGCACGAAGAGUCAUUGAAAACGCUUUUGGCAUAAUGAUAGCUCGCUGGCGAAUUUUUACUAAACCAAUCUAUACAUCGUUGCUGACAGCUGAUAAAAUUGUGCAGGCUUGCGUUGUACUUCACAAUUUCUUAAUGGAUAAGCCAAAUUACUGUGACCGUGGAUUUGCCGAUGAGCUCAAUGGAUGUGAAAUUAUUAGAGGAUCAUGGAGAAACGAGUUGCAAAACAAUACAGCAUUGACUCCUUAUGGAUCUGCAGGCAGCAAUACACACUCACGUAUUGCUGCUUUAGGAAGAGAAAAAUUCAAGGACUACUUUUUAAAUGAAGGUGCUGUUCCAUGGCAGUGGGGAUUGUGA